GGACGAAAGAUAAUUCCCAGGAUAUGGAAGGCGCUCACUACCCUUCGAAAAAAACCGAAUCAGUUCAACGAUUAGAUCGAAAGAUCGAACAGCUUCAGAAUGAAAAUAAACAGUUGAAAGCAGAUUUGAAAUUAAAAGAUCAGAAAAUACGAAAUCUAGUUGAUACGCAUACGUCUCUGAAAGACGAGGAAAAUGAACAAAUAUUAAGUCAACAACUUAAAGAGUUCAAUAAAUACGAACAAAUAUUAAAAUAUCAAUAUCAACAGAUCCAGAAAAAUGAACAAACAAUAAAGCAACAAUACGCAUUAGGUCAAAAUAUCGAACAGCUCCAUAACGAAAAAGAACAGUUGAAAGCAGAUUUAAAAUUGAAAGAUCAGAAAAUACAAAAUCUGGUUGAUGCGCACACGUCCCUGAAAGACGAGGCUGCUAAAUAUCAACUCGCUUUGGGAGAGGCAACAAACUUUCGUUUUGGAGAUCAUGAUCUUGAUAAUGUUGGUCAACUGAUAAAUGACAUCAAAGGUUUAAAACGCGACCUUGAAAUGUUUUGCAGUUUAAAAAGAACCGAUGUAAAUGAGGAGGAGGCGAAAAAACUUUUGAAUAUGUAUGGACAUUCUACCGAAACCAUGGGAAAGAAACUUAACAAAACUCUAAUCCAAGGUGUCUUGCAACAACAUAUCAUCAAAACGGUCAUCCAAGAAGCUGAUAAGCGACUCAAAAAUGCAGGAAUCCAAGAAGCAAACGAGCAAUUCCAGACCGAAGGAAAAUAUCUGGAAGCAAAUUUGGUUUCUACAAUGAAUAAGUUUCUAGAAUAUAUGGAUGAUUUUUCUAAAUAUCGUGUUGGAACCGAUGAAGUUAUCCAUGCCGCUCCUACGAGAAUACGCCAGCUUGUUUACGCUAUCCUUAGCAAUCGAGGAUUUGAAACCCCUAAUAAAGAAGGUGAGCAUCCGUUCAUUGCACAAUUGCGGGAAAAAAUUGUGGAAGAGGUUAAUCGUUACCGUACGAUAAAAAAACCCGAAAGAAAAACCGAAAUCGAAUUGAUGGUUAUUGUGAUUAUCCGACAGAUAAUAUCGAUUUUCUGUUUCCGAUUGAAGGUUCAAGAACCUGUUGUGGAGUGUAAAUGGUAUGAAAAAUCCGAAAAAAUUGAACCAGAAUUUAUGGAAGUAUCAUGUGAUGAAAACGAGCUCGAAAAAAUAAUAGUUAAUGUUUGUUCGUUUCCUUUAAUUGGAACAAACCUCAGUGACAAAAAAUGUAAAGUGUUCACUCAGGCAUCGGUUAUAAUAACCAACCGUGAAAUGAGUUAUGACUGA